UUCACUACCAGAAAGAUGGCGGCACAUGUCAACAACAGAUCAGACUGCUGGGCCGUCCCUGAUGUUUAUAAACACCACGAACAGCAUAAGAUAUGCAUUUCUCGACCUAAAUAUAGAGAUGGAAGAAAAGAUAAAGCUGUUAAGGUGUACACCAUCAAUUUGGAGUCGUGUUACGUGAUGGUCCAAGGGGUCCCGGCCAUUGGGGUGAUGACAGAGCUGAUCCAACGCUGUGCCCUGUACGGAGUUGUGGAGGAGUACAGGCCCCUGGACGAGUACCCUGCGGAGGAAUUCACAGAGGUCUACCUGGUCAAGUUCCAGAAACUCACCAGCGCCAGAGCAGCCAAACGACACAUGGAUGAGAAGAGUUUCUACGGUGGUGUGCUGCAUGUGUGCUACGUCCCAGAAUAUGAGACCGUGGAAGACACUCGACUAAAGCUUCAAGACAGGAGGAGAUAUGUUAUCAGGACUGCUCAGAAUAAAGCAAGAGAAAGGAAACGGGAGGAGGCCGUAAACAAGGAGACCACGUCGUCGAACACAGCAACCACAUCAGAGACGGUCAUCCCCAGACAUGAUAAAACCUCUUACAAUGAUAAUACAGACAAGACUUCAAAAAUCAGCCACCAUUUAGACUUUCCUCUACUGCCAUUACCUCCCCGGGAAUAUCAUAACUACUGGCAUAAAAAUCAACAUGGGACUGUACCAACAGAGGACAAAAUGGGGACAUUACAUAAUGCCGUCAUUGACACUAAACAGCAACAAGGACACAGCUCCAGCUCCAGCCAAACCUCUUCAGACAGAGACACAGAACACAGACUGACCCCAAGUCAGUCUUCUGGGGUAGCCAGAUUUGUCCCCAGAACCACACACUUGGAGAACAGAAAACGCAAAAUGGAAGACGCAGCGGAGCACUCAGCGACUGAUGUUACGAGAAACAAUGAGCCACUCAUUGGGCCAAAGCUACCAGAACCUCCCAAACUGAACAUGGAGGAAGAGUCCGUAAACACAACUGUAAGCCUGAUCCGGAACACGAUGAAAAAGGUGGAAUCCGUUCCUGGCCUCAAACCAGUACAGAAAAAAGUGAAACCACGUCGUCGGAUUUGAAUUGACGAGCUGCCUUAAUACUGGAGUUUCUGCAGAGAUUACUGCUAUUUCUAUGAAAUAAUACCAUUAAAACUGUUUCGCUUG